CUAGCAUCAGCUGAGGGUGACGUUCGGUCAGAACAAUUGAACGAUCACCUGCACGAGCCGCGAGUGAAACCUGCUUAUCAGCAUAUCCUGUCUAUUAAUAGAGUGUGACGUAUUAUUACAAAAUUUGAUAUAUGCAUUAUUUACUUGUACGACGAUGGAGAAGGAAAGGUUCACGAUGCUCCUCUUGGAACCGGGGGAGAUAUUUUUUGAGGAUUACAGCGUACAGAUGAGGAGGUUAGACGCUCCCCUAGCCGAGGAGAGGAGGUGGAUGGAUGGAAGGUUGAAAUUAUGCUCCAAGUCUUUGGUGUUUGUAAAUAAAGACAUCAACCAACCGCUCAUCAAGAUUCAGCUGAAGGAGACCACGUCCGUCGAGCAGUGUACAUCGAACAGCGACGUGACGGACAACGUGUUGUCGGUGAGGUGCAAGCAGUACGUGGAGAUGCUGGAGAAAAAUAUACUGGCGCCGUACCGAUUCGUACACCAGAACACUGUGUUCCACUUCUGCUUCAAUUACGGGAAGGUGGAGGACUGCCUUCCGCAGAUCCUGCAGUUGCACAGAGCGGCGAGUUUAGUAACGGCGCAGCAAAACGCCAUGAUUAUGGCUAUCGUGCACUCCAGACAGUCGCGUGUAUCCUUUGACACCUCGUGGCUGGAGGAUUUGUAUGAGCAAGUGGUCUUGGAAACGCAAGGGAACAAGGUACUGCCGCUUGUAAUUAAUCCAGGAAGAAUACUACUGACCACCUCGAGGAUUUACUUUCAACCUUACAAUAACAUGGAUCAGCAUCCCGUUCUCAAGAUUCAAUUAAAAGAUGUACGAAGUAUUAUAAAGAGGAGAUUCCUGCUACGACAAGUGGGUCUCGAAAUUAAGUGGCUGCGACAAGCUGAGAAUAAAAUCGAAUAUUUGUUUCUGUCGUUUCAAAAUCAGGAGGGCAGGGACACGCUGUACGAAAGUCUGCUUAAGCAGUCCGCCGUCUCCCUGGAAACCGUACCGCAAAAUCAGAUGACGAUGAGAUGGCAGAAUGGAUACUUGUCGAAUUACGAUUACAUCUUGUACGUAAACAGCUUGGCGGAUAGAACUUUCCACGACCUGACGCAAUAUCCAGUGUUGCCUUGGAUCAUACAAGAUUACGCAUCCGCGACGCUAGAUUUGAGCGACAUCAAAGUUUAUAGAGAUCUCUCGAAGCCUAUCGGUGCAUUGAAUCCUACUCGUCUGGAAAGGCUCAGAGAACGAUAUUUGGAAAUGUCUGACCCAAAGUUCUUGUACGGUUCUCAUUACAGUGCGCCGGGUUUUGUAUUGUUCUAUCUAGUACGAAAGUACCCUCAGUACAUGCUCUGCCUGCAGAACGGAAGAUUUGAUCAUCCGGACAGAAUGUUCAACAGUAUAGCUGACGUGUGGAAAAAUGUAUUGGUGAACAUGUCUGACUUUAAAGAACUGAUACCGGAGUUUUAUGAUACGAGCAACGCCGGCGAUUUUCUGGUAAAUAGUUACGGCAUCGAUUUUGGCUACCGACACGACGGUACAAAAAUAGGCGACGUACUACUUCCUCCCUGGGCGAAAGGGCCAUCCGAUUUCGUACAGCAAUUAAGGAACGCUUUGGAGAGCGAUUACGUUUCUCAAAAUCUUCAUCAUUGGAUCGACUUGAUUUUUGGAUGCAAGCAGAGGGGGAUCGAAGCUAAGAAGGCUGACAACGUAUUCUUCCAUUUAUGCUACGAAGGCGCGGUAGACUUGGACACUAUACGAGACGUAAACGACAGACUUGGGCUCGAGGUGCAGAUCAUGGAGUUCGGUCAGAUACCGAAGCAAGUCUUCACUCUACCUCACCCGAAGCGCUCGGCGUCGGUCUUAAAUUUAUUGCACAGCGAGACGUUGUUAGCGUCGCCGGAAACGACGACAUCGAAUGCCGCACGUGCGGGAAAGUCAUUCAGCUUCACGGAAGUGGCUGCGUUCCAGGCGCACAAGGACUGCGUCAGCAGCGUCACGCCGAAAAACACAACGACCAGCAACGAAAUCAUAUCGGUGGGACAGGACGGCACGCUGAAAUUGUACAGCAUAAGCGAGAAGAAGUUGACGCGAAGCGUCACGCUAUCCUCUCUCCCGCUCUCCUCUUGCAUCUCGUAUUACACACCGUCGCAGCGUAACAUCCUCGUGGCAGGAUCGUGGGACAAUACUCUCAUAUUUUACGAUAUCGAGUUCGGUAGGGUAAUCGACGUGCUGCAGGGACACGAGGACGCGGUGUCGUGUCUAGCGUGGAGUCCCAAUCACCAGGUCAUCGUGUCCGGAUCGUGGGACUGUACCGCGAAGGUCUGGCACGGGUAUACCUCCGGGUCGAAAGUUAAGCCCGCGGAGUGCUUCAUAGCGCAGCUCGAUCACGAUUCCAAAGUGACUUGCAUCAACAUAUCAAGGGAUGACACCAUGCUGGUGUCCGGCACAGAGGACGGCGAACUGUGUCUGUGGAGGAUGGACAAUUAUAACUUGCAAUCUACCAUCAAGAGCCACGCGUGCAGGAUAAAUGCAAUAAUGUUCGACGAACAAUGCAGCAGCGUGAUCUCGUGUGCGGAGGACAAAGUAUUAAGCGUGAUCGACGUGCGGACAAGCACGCAGAUAUAUUCCGUCGGUUUAGAGAGCGAGCCGUUAACGUUUACGUGGAUGGGGACAUUUUUGCUAAUAGGCGAUAACGACGGAAAUCUGAACGUGUGGAAUCACCAGGGAGCUAUGUUCGUCUCGAAAAUACGCUGUCACGAUGGGCCGCUUUGCGCUUUAGUCGUAGCUGCCGAUAAUAAUUUCGUAGUGACGGGCGGAAAGGAUAGAAAAGUCAUCGUGUGGGAAUGCCACGAUCAAUGACACAGUAUUACGAAAUAUGAUCGUCAUUAAUGUAUAAAGGGAAUUUUAUCUGAAGGAAAGAAAAAGAUACUGAAGGCCUAGCAUGUUUUGUAAAAUAAUAAUGCCGUUCAUUUGUUACACGGUAGGAUAUCGGAGAACGUGUACAUAGUAUAAAUAUCGGGUCCUAAUUUGUAUCGCAAAUUUCUCAAUUGCAAAAAUGCGCGUUAUUUAAAUUCGGGAAAAGCGAAAACAGAAUUUCCAAUUAAAAAAUUAUUUUUUACACAUUUCUUUUCUUUCUCUGCUUUAACAUGUGUGCUUUCCAUCUUAAAUGUAAAAAGAUAUGAUCUCUCUAAUGUUUCUUUGGUAAAACGCAAACUUUGUUACAUAUAAUUUAUUUAAUAUAUUGUAUACGUACAUAAUGAUAUGUAAUGUUACAUUCCGCUCCUCUUACGCGAAGUAUAUCUAGGCUAUGCCAGUCAGUCUUCCUAUCUUAACGAGAAGGUAAAUGAUUUCGUGUUGUGAUAAACUAUCAUUAUGUAAUAUCAUUAUGUUUAGCGUAUUUAUCAGCUCGUCAGCGAUCAUGGUAAUUAUUUGCAAUUAAAAGUGAAAUUAAAUAUUAAAUAUACCACAGGCAUUUGUACUAUUACAUACAAAUAUACACACAUAUAUUUAUUUUAGAGGAUAGAGAAUGGAGGAAUAAAGUUAGCAUUUCUA